UUACAUUUUCAAUGACACAACCUGACGACUACAGUCCAAUAUGGCCGUAGUAUGAAGAGUGCCAGCUCAAGUCUGGCUUUAAACUACAAAUAUUAUUAAAUAGUCGGGUUGUUUUAAUACUUUACAGCUUUGUCCCGAGUGGAAAUGUGGGUGCCACUCCACGCAGUCUGUCUAAGAAGCCAGAGAGUUUGCAGACGAAGCGUCGCUGCUGCUGUUUCACAGUGUUUCAGGCACAGAGACGCUAGCGUUUCCCACUUCAGCCAUUCAGCCGGACUCUCCGCACAAACAUGCAAGGCACUUGUGUACAGAACCCACGGAGACCCUUCCCGAGUCGUUCAGUUGGAGGGUGUAGAGCUUCCUUCCCUAGGUGCAAAGGAUGUCUUGGUUAAAGUGCUGGCUGCCCCAAUCAACCCAUCAGACAUAAAUAUGAUUCAAGGUACUUAUGCUAUCCUGCCGGAUCUCCCAGCUGUUGGUGGCAAUGAAGGUGUGGCCCAGGUCGUAGAGGUGGGCAGCCAGGUGAAGUCCCUCAAGACAGGAGACUGGGUGAUCCCGAAAGAUGCUGGUUUAGGCACAUGGAGGACACAGGCAGUGCUACCUGAGGAAGAUGUUAUCUCUGUACCAAAUGACAUUCCCCUGGUGUCUGCUGCCACACUCGGGGUGAAUCCCUGCACUGCUUUCAGGAUGCUCUCCGACUUUGAAGACCUCAAGCCAGGUGAUUCUGUGAUCCAGAACGCUGCCAACAGCGGAGUUGGACAGGCUGUCAUACAGAUUGCUGCUGCAAGGGGAAUAAACACUAUUAAUGUUAUAAGAGACAGGCCAGAGUUCACAGAGCUCAGUGAUAAGCUGAAGGCUAUUGGAGCUAGUCAUGUAAUCAAAGAAGAGGCCUUGAGGAAGCAUGAGAUUAAAGAACUCUUUAAGACUUGUCCGAAGCCCAAACUAGCAUUAAAUGGAGUUGGAGGCAAGAGUGCAACAGAACUUCUCCGUCAUCUACAAAUCGGAGGGUCAAUGGUGACAUAUGGGGGAAUGUCCAAACAGCCAGUCACUGUUCCUGUGAGUGCUCUUAUUUUCAAAGAUGUGAAGGUUCGAGGAUUUUGGGUAACAAAGUGGAAGAGAGAUCACUCUCAUGAUGGAAGGGCAUUUAGAGCCAUGCUGGAUGAACUGUGCUCCCUCAUCAAGCAGGGAAAGCUGAGAGCUCCCGCCUGCACUGAGGUGGGUCUGCAGCAGUAUCACGCAGCUCUGGAUACUGCUAUGCAGCCUUUCAUAUCAACUAAACAGGUUUUGGUCAUGUGAACUAGCUGAGUGUGUCAACUAACCACCGGAUGCUUGAGAACACUGCAUGCAUAUUUGGGUGAAACCAGAGAGCUGUGACAUUCUUGCUGAUAUGUCAAACAAAUCCACAUUCUCAAUAAAAGUGUAUUCAUAUGA